CCCAAACCCACGCGGGGCCGGAUGCGGAUCCACUCCUUGGAGAACGUGGACAAGGCCCUGCAGUUCCUCAAGGAGCAACGGGUGCACCUGGAGAACGUGGGCUCCCACGACAUCGUGGACGGCAACCACCGCCUCACCCUCGGCCUCAUCUGGACCAUCAUCCUCCGCUUCCAGGUAGCCCGGGUGAGGCCGUCCCCACCCCUGGGGGGGCUGGUGCCCACCCCACCCCACCCCUUUCCCCACAGCUACCCCGAGGUGAACAUCCAGAACUUCACCACCAGUUGGAGGGAUGGGUUGGCCUUCAACGCUCUCAUCCACAAGCACAGGCCGGAUCUCAUCGACUUCCACAAGUUGACCAAGUCCAACGCCACCUUCAACCUUCAACAAGCCUUCAACACGGCCGAGCAGCAGCUGGGGCUCAGCAAGCUCCUGGACCCUGAAGAUGUCAACAUGGAGGACCCCGACGAGAAGUCCAUCAUCACCUACGUGGUGUCCUUCUACCACUACUUCUCCAAGAUGAAGGCACUGGCAGUGGAGGGGAAGCGCAUCGGGAAGGUUCUGGAUCAAGCCAUGGAGAUCGAGGCCAUCAUCGAGCGGUACGAGGCGCUGGCGGCCGAGCUGCUGGCCUGGAUCCAGCACACCAUCACCAUCAUCAGCAACCAGAAGUUCGCCAACUCCCUCACCGGGGUGCAGCAGCAGCUCCAAGCCUUCACCGCCUUCUGCACCCUGGAGAAACCCGUCAAGUUCCAGGAGAAGGGCAACCUGGAGGUCCUGCUCUUCACCAUCCAGAGCAAGCUACGGGCCACCAACCGCAAGCUCUACGUCCCCAGCGAGGGCAAGAGCAUCUCUGACAUCAAUAAGGCUUGGACCUGCCUGGAGAAGGCGGAGCAUGAACGGGAGGCGUCGUUGCGCAAUGAGCUGAUCCGGCAGGAGAAGCUGGAGCUGCUGGCCCAACGUUUCGACCACAAGGCCGUCAUGAGGGAAACGUGGUUGAACGAGAACCAACGCUUGGUCUCGCAGGACAACUUCGGCUACGACCUGCCAGCGGUGGAGGCCGCCAUGAAGAAGCACGAGGCCAUCGAGGCCGACAUCUCCUCCUACCAAGAGCGCAUCCAGGUGGUGGUGGAGCUGGCCCUGGAGAUGGAGUCCGAGGGCUACUACGACACCAAGCGCAUCAGCGCCCAGAAGGACAACAUCCUUCGCCAGUGGGGGCUCUUGACCGAGCUGGUCCGCGCCCGCCGCGCCCGCCUCGAGCAGAACCUGGCCUUGCAGAAGAUCUUCCAGGAGAUGGUCUACAUGAUCGAUUGGAUGGAGGAGAUGCAGGUGCUGCUGGUCUCCAAGGAUUUGGGGAAGCAUCUCCUGGAGGUUGAGGACCUCCUCCAGAAGCACGGGCUGCUGGAGGCCGACAUCUCCGCCCAGACCGAGCGGGUCCAGGCGCUCAACGCCGCUGCCCUCAAGUUCUCGGAGCUGGAGGGCUACCAACCCUGCGACCCCCAGAUCAUCUGCAACCGGGUCAACCACGUCCAGACAUGCUUGGAGGAGCUGGGGGAGCUGGCGGGCAAGAGACGCAAGGAGCUGGAGGACUCUCGUCAGCUCUGGGCCUUCUUCCAGGAGAUGGAAGAAGCCGAGGCGUGGAUCCGUGAGAAGGAGCAGAUCCUGGGCGCCAAGACCUGCGGGCGGGACCUGAGCAGCGUCUUGACGUUGACCAACAAGCACAAGAGCAUGUUGGGCGAGCUGGGCAGCCGCCGGGCGCUCUUGCACCAGACCAUGAAGCGGGGCGAGCAGCUCUUGGCCAAGAAACGCUUCAGCCCUGGUGGGAUCCAGGAGAAGAUGCGGGAGGUUCGCCUCCGCUGGAAGAAGCUGGAGGAGGUGACGGGGUUGCACCAACAGCGCUUGCAGGAGGCCCUCAACUUCUUCCAGUUCAGCGCCGAGACGGACGACUUGGUGGCCUGGUUGCAGGACAUCUACCGCAUCGUCUCCAGCGAUGACUUUGGCCACGACGAUUAUUCCACCCAAGCUCUUUUGAAGAAGCACCGGGCGGUGGUGGAAGAGGUGGAGAAGCACCGGGCGGCCGUGUUGGCCCUCCGGAAGCACUUGGCUCUUCUGGCACCCGAACAUCGGCAAGGGGUGGAUGUGCAGAUCCGGGUGGUGGAGGUGGAGCAGCUCUACGGGGAGGUGGCUGAGGUGGCCGUGCUGCGGCAGCAGUGGUUGCAGGACGCCUUGGCCGUCUACCGGAUGUUCAGCGAGGUGCACGCCUGCGAGGUCUGGGUGGACGAGAAGGAGCAGUGGUUGCGCUCCAAUCUUCUGCCCAGGUUUGAGAGCCUGGACCAGGAGAUGAACAGCGUCAUGGGACGCAUCUUGGACGUCAACCAGGUGGUGCAGCAGUUGGUGGACGGGGGCCACCCCAGCUCCGAGGAGGUCCGCUCCUGCCAGGACCACCUCAACAGCAGGUGGAACCGGGUGGUGGAGCUGGUGGAGCGCAAGAAGGGCCAGCUCAGCUCUGUCCUGAAGAUCCAGAACUACCUCCUGGAGUGUGGCGAGAUGAAGGCGCAGGUGCGGGAGAAGAGAAAAGCCAUCGAAGCCACCCAAGCGGGCGGCGGUGACCUGGGCGGCGUCUUGGCUUUGCAACGCCGCCUCUCCACCAUGGAGGCAGCUCUGGUGGUCUUGGAACCUCGGUUGGUGGAGCUUCAACGAGAAGGCGAAGCGUUGGCUGCUUCUCACCCCGGGCGAGCCCUGGAGAUCCUGCUGCCCUUCGAGGAGAUCAGCGAGGAGUGGGAGGCCCUGAAGCGAGCUCUCCAAGGUUGCGAGGACUCUUUGACCGUGGCCGGGCGCUUGCAAGAGUUCAUCCAAGACUUGGACAACUUCUUGGCUUGGUUGGUGAAGACUCAAGCGGCCGUUGCCUCCCAGGAGCUCCCCGAUAGUUUGAGCGAAGCGGAGAGGUUGUUGAACCACCACGCGACCCUCAAGGAGGAGAUCAACGGCUACGAGGAGGACUACGCCAAGAUCCAAGCGGCCAGCGACCUGCUGGCCUUGGAGGAGACCGAGGUCCCCUACCUCUCCUUGCAGCAGUGGUUGCAGAAGCUGGACGCGGGGUGGGGCAAGUUGCUGCAGAGCUGGGAGACGCGGCGGGAGGUGCUGGUGCAAUCUCACGCCUUCCACCUCUUCCUCCGUGAUGUCCAGCAGUGCCCGGGCAGCCUCUACAACCAGGAAUCCACCCUGGUCCACGCUGAGCUCCCCGACACGGUAGAAGGGGUGGACAAGGCCAUCAAGAAGCACAAGGACUUCACCACCACCAUGGAGCUCAACCUGCAGAAGAUCCAACUGGCC